AUGAGUGCCUCAGCAUUUGUUGGUUCGCCGCCUGCAACUGAGGAUGAUCUUCAUAUCGUGAAAGGCGUACUGCGCAUGUAUGGCCUAGAAAACUUCAAUGCGAGCUUAGGUCUCACAUUCUCUAUCCAAAAGCCAGAAAAUCCACCAGUCGAGACCAAAGUUCCUGAAAUUCUCGCGGGAAUGAUCAUCGUUAUAUUGGCAAUUGUUAUACCGACAACAGCGAGGAUCCUCAUUCGAUUAAGAGGCGCAAGAACACGUUUUGGAGCCGACGACUGGGCUAUAAUUUGCGCUGCGUCUUUGGCAGUCGUCUACCCAAUUCUUUGCAUAGUCAUGCUUUUCCAGACUGGCGCUGGCCGACAUACUUACGAAAGCACCUAUGAAGAGUACAAUCUUUACAUGUACUACUUGACAGUGUGUAAGAUCAUAUUCUAUAUCUCUGUCGGUCUAAUCAAGGUGUCCAUCACUUUGUUCGUCCGUCGUCUUGCCGAUAGAGCCUCCAGGAAAUGGAAGCUGUUUGCCGACAUGUUCCUAGGAACAGUGAUCAUCUACAUUCUACUCGCCAUUUUCUGGACUGUUUUCUCGUGUAGACCCCUCGGAACUAUGUGGGACAAGCGUUAUGCUGGGUCUCUAGAAGAAGCACCACUGUGUGUGGACAGCGUGUUCCAGAACAGAUUUUUGAGUAGCAUGCACGUUGCACAGAGCAUAGUGCUUCUACUCGCACCAAUCAUCAUGUUAUGGUAUGUCAAGAUCAACACAGGCAAGAAAGCACGUCUAUUCUUCAUCUGGCUCGUCGGCGGCACGACAGUCCUGGGUGGGCUACUUCAGCAAACCAUGAUCACCAUCACCAACGACUCUUGUUGGCAAUAUACUUCCGCGAUGCGUUGGACAGUCAUGGAUCUCACCUUUGGCACGCUAGCUGCAUCAUUACCCGUGCUGGACGCGGCUAUAAUGGGUACCUGGAGCUCCAUCAAGACCAAGAUUGGCACGUCUCGGUCGCAUUCACGAACUCGAACACAGGGAUGGACCGACUUAGAGCACGAUACAAGGAACACCACGGUCAUAAGGACAGUGCGAAGGGACUCGGAGUCGAUGGAGAAUAUUAGGAGCGGAGACAAGGGUAUAGAAAUGGGGAUUCUCCGAACCGACGAAGUGGAACUAACGUACGAUGAAGAGAAUGCACCGAAAAGUUCUCAUACGAGAUAG